AUGAGUGGUGAAAGCAAAACCAUUCUGGCCUUUGAUGCCUACGGCACACUUCUGUCCACCGAGUCCAUUGCUAAGAAGCUCGCCUCACAUUUCGGACAAGAAAAGGCCCAGACAAUUGCAACUACAUGGCGCAAAUACCAAUUGGAAUACACAUGGCGUCUGAACAGCAUGAGUAUGCAAGCCAAACCCUACAAGCUUACACUGCGUUCGCUGCGGCACGCAUUGGCCGAAUCUUCUGUCUCACUCGAGCAAAAAGACAUCGAUGAUUUGAUGAAGGCUUAUGACUCGCUGUCCAUCUUCCCCGAUGUGGCGCCAGCCNNCCUCGAGGCGAUCUCCAAGCGCGAGGACUUCUUCCCAGUGGUGUUCUCGAACGGUACAAACACAAUGGUUUCCAAUUCGGUCAACAAGUCACCAGAUCUUUCGAAGCAUGCAUCGGUGUUCAAGGACAUUGUUGUGGUCGAAGAGCCAAAGCGAUUCAAGCCUGCACCGGAAACAUACGCUCACCUUGCCAAAUCAGUCGGAAAGGAUCCCAAUAACAAAGGGGAUAUGGCGAGUAUGUGGCUGAUCAGCGGCAACCCAUUUGACAUUACAGGUGCUCGCGCGGUAGGAAUGCAGGCAUGCUGGGUGGACAGAGCAGGCAAUGGAUGGCAGGAUGGUCUCAUCGAAGGCGAGCUCGGAAGACCAACUGCAAUUGUCAAAAGUCUGGAGGAGGUACCCAGCGCUGUCGGAGGAGUCCUGCCCGUGCAGUAA